AUGGCUGAUACGGUGUCUAAAAGUGACAAAAUAUCUACAUUAUACGAAUAUUUUACUGAUGGCGGAAUACAAUCGGGUUUGAAUGACAAAAAACCUUAUUUUACACUUAAUGGCAAAGAAAUAACCAUUCUUAGUGGAGCUCUGCAUUAUUUUCGCGUUCCUAGAGAUUAUUGGAAAGACAGGUUAAGAAAAUAUCGGGCAGCCGGCUUAAACACAGUUGAAACGUAUAUUCCUUGGAACCUACACGAGUAUGAAGAUGGGAUUUAUGAUUUCGGUCAAGGUGGCAGUGAUUUUCAAGAUUUCCUUGAUCUUGACAUGUUUAUUAAAUUAGCUAAAGAGGAAGACCUGUUCGUAAUACUUCGACCAGGUCCGUAUAUUUGUGCCGAGUUGGAUUUUGGAGGUUUGCCCUCUUGGUUAUUACGAUACGAUGGGAUUAAGAUAAGAACUAGCGACGCAAAGUAUGUAAACUUAGUCAAAAGGUACUUUAUUAAACUUUUGAGAAUUGUUGCUCCACUUCAGUUUACAAAAGGCGGGCCCAUAAUAGCCGUUCAAAUAGAAAAUGAAUAUGGUAACCUAGCGGAUGAAUCAAAUAAAAUUGACACGAAACAUUUGAAGCAGCUAAAAGAUAUUUUACAAGAAAACGGAAUAGUUGAACUUCUUUUUACUUCCGACACUCCUUCAAAUGGUUUUACUGGUACAGUUCCUGAAGUACUAGCUACUGCUAACUUUCAGCACGAACCCGAAAAAGAACUUACCCUUUUAAAAAACUUCCAACCUAAUAAGCCUUUAAUGGUUAUGGAAUACUGGACAGGAUGGUUUGACCAUUGGGCAGAAAGACAUCAUACUAGAACUGCCGAUAACUUUGGAGAGGUGUUAGACUGUAUUUUAAACUUUGGAGCAUCAGUCAACUUCUAUAUGUUUCACGGAGGAACUAACUGGGGAUUUUUGAAUGGAGCUAAUUUAAAAAAUAAGUCAGUUACAGCUACCGACAAUGAAACACAUGUAUUCAGACAAAAGUUGAAGUCUCUAAUAAGUUACAUUACUAAAUUACAUGUAUUCGGUCCCACACGUUGCUGGCUGUAUUCAGUUGAAUGGCAAAAGAGGGGAUUACCUCAUGCGCACAUUUUGGUUUGGUUAAUCGACAAAAUCCAUCCUGAAGAAAUCAAUAGUAUCAUUUGUGCGGAAAUUCCAGAUCCGUCUACUGACCAAGUGCUGUUUGAUAUUGUUACAGCAAAUAUGAUCCAUGGUCCCUGUGGUACUCUUCAUCGUUCAUCGCCUUGCAUGGCAGAUGGAAAAUGUACUAAAAAUUUACCUAAAGAUUUCACUAAUGAUACGAUAACAAAUACCGACGAAUAUCCAAUAUAUCGUCGAAGAAGUCUCGAUAAUGGCGGAUACUCAUUUAUUAAAAAUAUCAGUAACACAGACAUUGACAUUGACAAUCGUUGGGUGGUUCUGUAUUCACCUCUUCUAAGCAAGACAUACAAUGCUCAUAUUAAUGUUGAGUUUUGCUGUUCUGUGAAGAGCAUCAAAUAUAUUUGCAAGUAUGUCCAUAAAGGCAGUGAUAUGGUUGUGUUCAGAGUAGAAAAUACUAAUGCAAAUGCUCCUCCAACUUUAUUGGAUGGAGGCAGAACAGCUCAUUCAGUAUUUAAGCUGCCACUAAAUAUUCAAAAUAACCCUGACGCAGUGUGUAACAUUAAAAAACAAUCUUCCAUGGCUACCGUGCUAAAACAGUGUAAAAUUAUUAUCUGGGAUGAAUGUACUAUGGCACACAAUCAUUCAAUUGAGGCGUUAAACAGGACAAUGAAAGAUAUUAAAAACAACGACAAACUAUUUGGCGCACUCUGUUGGUGCUUUCAGGUGAUUUCAGACAAAUAUUUCCCGUCAUUCGGGUUCAACAUACGCUGA